AUGCGAACGGUUGAUCCGACCAGUUUGGCAUGUACAGCAAUCAACUCAACAACUUUACAGGUAACAUGGACCCAGGCUUCUAGUGGAACAGUUGCCGGGUACCAUCUCGAUAUAGAAAGGGUAGAUGGUCUAAAAGUAGAAUUCGGAUUGCCGAUACAAAAUUGUAUCAUAUUUCAUUUUCAAUUUCAGUCUAUAGUCUUGAACGACAUCACUUACGAGACAUAUACAUAUUACGGUCUUGGGAAGUUCGCAACAUACAAUGUUACUGUGCAUUCUUAUUACAAUUCCGGUGCACAUGGAACCGACUAUGUCCUCUCUUGUCAAACAAGUUCAGACAUACCAGACGCCUCAAACUUCAAUUUCUCGUGCAAAGGUAUUUCUACUUCCGAGAUCGAAUGCGACUGGAACGCCUUGGAUACAGUCUACUGGAACGGAAAUCCAAUAGCAUAUCAGCUGAGAUACCUCAGAUAUACAAAUGACUAUUACACCGACGUUAACCUGUCAACGUCCACCCUGACGUAUAUCAUCAGCGGUCUUUACUUCGACACGUGGUACGUCAUACAGCUUCAGACGGUGAAUGACGCCGGAUAUAGUCCUUUCACGUCAAGUCCCGCUAAAACACUUGAGAACAAAACACGUUAUUUUUGUUACGAGACUAUCCCCGGUACAUUAGAAUGGAGCUGGGAGGAGAUGCCAUGCACGGUGUAUGUGGGAAUCAUUCUCGUGUUUAUGUUCCUGACUUUACUCUUCAUGUUGAUCUGUUGCUGCAUGUGCUGUUGCAAAGGAAAGAACGAAACCAAAAAUAACGUAUCUGUAAACGUAUUGUAA